ACGUCAUUGUUGUAUUCUCCAUUUCCAGUCUGGAAUGACAACAAUACAACUUUUACGCAGCUGAUAAAAUAAACAUAUUCUGAGUUGUGGAAAGGAUGGGAGACCCUGAUGUGCUGACAACUUUAAAGAUACUGAUCAUUGGAGAGAGUGGAGUUGGAAAAUCCAGUCUGUUAUUGAGAUUUACAGAUGAUACAUUUGACCCUGAACAAUCUGCCACAAUUGGUGUUGAUUUUAAAGUGAAGAAUUUGACAGUAGAUGGAAACAAAACUAAGCUUGCAAUAUGGGAUACUGCCGGACAAGAGAGGUUUCGUACAUUGACACCAAGUUACUACAGAGGUGCCCAGGGUGUUAUCUUAGUGUAUGAUGUAUGCAGCAAAAGUUCUUUCAACAAAUUAGAGGCCUGGUUAAAUGAGCUGGAAACCUUCUCAACCAAACACGAUCUCAUCAAAAUGUUAGUGGGCAAUAAAAUUGACCAGCCAAAACGUGAAGUUAGUAAAGAAGAUGGUUUAAAGUUUGCCAGAAAACACCAAAUGUUGUUCAUAGAAGCCAGUGCUAAAACAAAAGAAGGAGUACAAUGUGCCUUUGAAGAAUUGGUUGAAAAGAUUAUACAAACUCCUGGUCUCUGGGAAACAGACACUAGACAGGGCUUUAACUUGGCAGGGAACCAGGGAGAGGCAGGUGCUGGGGCAUGUGGGGGAUAUUGUGUCAUAUGAUAUGUCACAUGCUUAUAAAUGGACCAAUCAUCAUUAAGAAUAAUAUAAAAUAAAA